UUCAAGUGUUUGCGCAAAAGAAGUAAAAACAAAGCCAAAAAAAAACGUAAAGCAAAAGGCAAUACCGUAGAAAAAUUCACAUAUUGUGGCAAUCGUGAGGCGAUUCACACGCUCAGUUGCAAAUGUUUUAGAAAUUUGUUUAUUAGGCACACCGAAUAUUCACACAAGUUGUAGAUAAGCGCUGCCUACUACUCUUGCCGUACACAAUAAUUCAAAAACGCACGUACAUACAAGCAAUUUCGCUGUGUUCCCCAACCUUGGGGUCCGCCGACGACGCCGUCGUCGCAUUUUUUAAGACAUUGGGUAUGACAUGAGACAUAAUCGGCACAUUAGACGGCUACGUAAUUCGCGAUAAGCGCACAUAGAAAACAAAACCAGGGGACAGGGACGCCCCCCAUCAAGAUGUCCGCCGCUUCCGACGAGCUCACAGGCGUCGCCACAGAUAAGGAGAAUAUAUUGCGAGGUCUCAACAAGCUGCGCAACGAAUGCAAGCUCACCGAUGUCACACUUCUGGUGGAGAACGUUCGCUUUAAGGCUCAUCGCGUUGUGCUUGCCGCCAGCAGCGACUACUUUUGUGCCAUGUUCGCCGGCAGUGCCAUGAUUGAGUCGCGCACGGAAGAGAUUGAGCUUCAUGGUGUAUCGGCACGCGCUAUUGGCGCAAUUAUCGACUAUAUAUACACAUCGGCGUUAGAACUGAAUGUGGAAAACAUCGAAGAGUUGUUAGCUGCCUCCACCCACGUUCAGGUGAAGGAUGUGAUUGAACGUUGCACUGCCUUUCUUGAACAAAAGAUCAACAUGGACAAUUGCUUGGCUAUUGCCAGCCUGGGCGAUAUCUACAGCCAAGACAGACUUGCAGAACGCGCCUAUCGCUUUAUAUGCGCCCACUUUAAGGAAUUUGCAUCAUCGUCCGAUUUCAAAGACAUUAAGGUGGAUCAGCUCCGCUACGUACUAUCCUGCAACUUCCCGAUGGAUGUGAGUGAGCACAAGUUGGUGCAGCUGCUGUGCGUAUAUGGUGUGCAGCAGAAGCUUGAUGAUGCUAAACUAAGCGAGCUGUGGCAUCUCGUCCAUUGGAAUCACAUUACGUAUAAGAAUAUAAAGUCAUUACGCCACAUAGUUGUAUCGGUGGGCGAGGGUGCUCCUCAGAUAUUGCCAGUCUCUUGCUAUUACCGACUGAAAAAGGAGUAUUUAAACAGAAUGAAACAAUAUCCCAUCCUUAGCUCUAUCGUCGACAUAGACCCUGUCCUUCAGGGACCGGUAAACGUACGCGGCAUGGAGCUCAGCCUUCUCAAAAUCGGAGGAUUCGAGUAUAAUGGUCUAACUAAUGGGAUUAUGUGCUUCUCACCAUCGCUCAUGAAGUGGUUCGAGUUGACAACCAUUCCCCAUCUUGAUCAAUGCAACUAUGGAACUGCCGUUCUUAAAAAUGAGCUAUUCAUUGUUGGCGGUGCCUACGAUGUGUGUCUAAAGGAGUACAUCCACCCCUUUGGGUUCCGUUAUUGUCCCUUACGAAACCAUUGGGAUGGCAUGGCACAAAUACAGUUGGAUCGCUGUCGUUUCUCUCUAAAUGCCGUGGGCGAAAAACACCUCUAUGCCGUUGGCGGCAUCGUCGAGAACGAUGAUAACAACUCCGAAGAUCUGUUUAGUCUCCACUCUAAUGUAGAACGAUACGACGUUGAGACCAAUAAAUGGACCUACAUGCCUAAACUGGUGGAGAAUCGAAGUCAGCAUGCUGGCGUCACCGUCGGAAGCAAGCUGUAUAUAUCGGGCGGAAUUCAUCUGGCACACAUUCUGUCCUCAUUGUGGUGCUUCGACACCGAAACCGAAAAGUGGGAGGAGCUGGCUCCAAUGCCCAGACCAUGCUGUGAUCAUGUGCUCGUCAAUGUCGGCAAUCGCAUUUAUUCCUGUGGCGGCUGGUACGAAAAUGUGAACUCAUCCCGUGUGCUGGAGCAAUGCAUUUAUGUCUAUGAUAUAAAGUAUAACUUUUGGGAUGUCGAAACACAAAUACCAUCCCCGAAAUUCUACUCAGGCGUCUCAGUGCUGCGUCACACAAUCUUCUUCGUGGGUGGACUAGACCCCACAGAGUCUAUCGAUCGUGCCUCAUCGGAAACCAUGGCCUAUGAUGUGAAAAGAAAGACUUGGUGGCGUCGUGAAGACUGGUGGGACACUCCCACCCAUGUCUGGGAAGCUACAUGUGUUCCUUUAUACGUGCCUAGCCCUAGCCCUAAGACAUAAUGUAUGCUAGACAGAGACAGGGGGCUGAGGAGCACGCGUUUCCUUAUCAAUCGCGCGAUGCUUAAGAGACAGAUGCAUGGAGAAGUAGUGCGAAAGAGAGAGAGAGAGAGUGAGAAGGAGAGGGAGAGUAAGGGAAAGAGAAAGAUAGAGAAGGCGAGUGAUAGGGAGAUGCAGAGCCCGAAUUCGUGUCUUUAAAUAAAGCCCAAUGACUUAAAGAUUAAUUUAUAAAAUUACCAGAUGCUCAACCGACGGCCAAUUCUUAAAACACUAACUUAUAAACUAAUUUUAAUUACAUAUCCAAUCAGUAGCAAAUAAUUAAGACUAUUUUGAUAUGAUAUGUAUAUUUACAUCGUAAGCUGCCCAGAAAGUGCCCUGAAGGAGGCACAAAAGUACUCCGAUUUUCAUGACAUUUUCUACAACACUGUUAUGCGUUACAACAAUCUCAAAUAUUAUUUGUUUGUAAACAAUUAAAAAAAACAAAAUCUGCUGCCAAGUGGCCAAUGAACGUCCCCACUGACCUGGAGCCUUCCAUCCUAA